AUGGCAUCAUAUGGCAUCUUGAAUAUGCUCUUAUGUACCGCUGCAUUUCUUUCCUUACUUCCAUUAAAGACCACAUCAACAUCCAUAACACAAGCAGAAGCUCUUGUUAGAUGGAAGACUACCUUAUCUUCAACUUCUUCUUCAAUGAACUCGUGGUCGUCAAACAACAUUCAGAGUCUUUGCAACUGGACUCGUAUCGUCUGCAAUGAAGAAGGUACGGUUUCUGAGAUUAACCUACACAAUUCAUCUCUCACCGGAACACUAGCUGAAUUCAACUUUUCUUCAUUCCCAAAUCUAACCCGUUUUGAUUUAAGCAAAAAUAAUCUUAGUGGUUCGAUUCCAUCCGCCAUUGGCAACCUUCAAAAGGUAUGGCACUUGAAUCUUGGAGGGAAUUUCUUUACUAGUCCAAACUGGUCUGAUUUUUCAAGUAUGCCAACUUUAACUUUCUUUGAUUUGUCAGUAAACCAACUGAAUGGCUCUCUACAUGAAUCUUUUUUCACCAACUUUCGCAAUCUUGAAUACCUUAAUCUCACAAAUAACUUGUUUCAAGGUCAGUUAUCAACGAGCUUUUACAAACUUUCAAACUUGAAAAAUCUUAGUCUAGGACACAACCAAUUUUCCGGGGUACUUUUGCAGGAUUUAAAUUUGAUGCCAAAUCUUGAAGUAAUUGAGUUCAAUAACAAUUUCUUUGAAGGAGAGAUACCUUCCUCUAUUGGUUAUCUCCAAAAUCUUUGGUACCUAGAUCUCACUUCCAAUCGACUCAAUUCUUCGAUUCCUUCUGAGCUUGGAUUGUGUUCCAAUAUCUCCUUCUUAGCACUAGCCGAAAACUCAUUCUCAGGGGUGUUGCCUUUGUCUUUGACCAAUCUGACAAAGCUUUCUAACUUAAACAUAUCUGUAAACAAUCUUUCUGGUGAAAUUUCUUCUGAUCUUAUCACAAACUGGACAAAUCUCGUCAUUCUUAGUCUCUUUCAAAACAAAUUUAGAGGGCCCAUUCCGCCAGAGAUAGGAAACUUGAAAAAUCUUCAGAAGUUGAUUCUUGCAAUCAAUCCUCUUUCUGGUUCAAUACCUUCAACACUUGGAAACUUGGCUAAUCUUCGAACUCUGCAGCUAUUCAGAAACAAUCUUACUGGAACAAUACCACCCGAGCUCGGAAACUUGACGUCACUUGUUAAACUUGAACUAAACUCAAACCAGUUGACUGGAGAGUUUCCUCGUAGUUUCCUAAAACUAUAUAACCUGACUGAUCUUUCGGUGUUUGGCAACAAACUAUCGGGUGGUAUUCCUGCAGAAUUUGGCAAGAACAACCCUUUUUUGAUAAAUGUCCAGUUUGGGAACAACAACUUCUCUGGAGAACUACCUUCAGAUUUGUGCAGUGGUUUUAAGUUCCAGAAGUUUACCGUGACCAACAGCAACUUCAUUGGGUCAUUGCCAGAUUGCAUUAAGAACUGCACCAAGUUAUUUCGAAUUAGAUUGGAUGGAAACCAAUUCUCUGGGGAUAUUUCACAAGUAUUUGGCAUUCACCCAAAUCUCGAAUACAUCAAUCUUAGUGACAAUAAUUUUACAGGUGAAAUUCCUCCUCAGUUUGGAAACUUAAAAAGCUUAACCAAUCUGGAAAUGCAAAGGAACAGAAUUUCCGGGAAAAUUCCAUCUGAAAUAGGAGAUUUGCAACAAUUACGUGUUCUAAGACUACAACAGAACCAACUUAGCAGUGACAUUCCAAAUGACUUGGGUAAACUCAAAAAUUUACUCGAUCUCAAUCUUAGCAGCAAUCAGUUAAGCGGACAAAUCCCUCUAAGGGUAGGUGACCUAACCAGUCUUACUUCACUUGAUCUCUCACAAAACGAGCUGAACGGAAGCAUACCAACAACACUAGGCAAUUGUACUAGACUAUCAAGCUUAAGCUUAAGCAACAAUCGUUUAUCAGGAGUAGUACCACCUGAGCUCCGAUACUUAGCCCAAUUACAGGUUAUGUUAGAUCUAAGCAACAACUCGUUCUCCGGUAGUAUCCCUCAAGAUCUAGCUAACACACUCCAAUAUCUUAACCUCUCACACAAUAACUUUUCGGGCCAAAUUCCUCAAAGCUUAUCUACUUUCAUGAUCAGCUUAGUAACUAUCGAUCUUUCGUACAAUAACUUGUCAGGACCAGUGCCAAAUGAAGGUGUUUUCAACAAAGCACCAGCAACAUCCUUCAGAGGAAACCCAAAUCUAUGUGGAUCAGAAAAGGAAUUAGUCCCUUGUAAAGGUGAUACUGCAACGAACAAGCCCAGGAACCAUAAACUGCUUAUUACUGUUCUUGCUAUGAUCAUCAUUCUUGGUUUGAUAGCAUCCAGCAUUGCCAUAUUCUGUAUAUUCAAACAAAAAAGAUCAAACCCAAACCACAAAGAGAUUACAACUAUAGACUCGCCCAGAAGCUCAGAAUCAGUUGUAUGGAAACGAGAAUGUAAGUUUACUUUUGGGGACAUUGUGAAAGCCACCGAAAACUUCAAUGAUGCCUACUGCAUUGGAAAAGGAGGUUCUGGAUGUGUAUACAAAGCCAAGUUACCCACUGGAGAUAUCGUGGCUGUGAAACGGAUGAAUGAAGUAAAUUAUGGUAGUGAUGUUUCGGCAACAAACGAUCAAAGCUUUGAGAACGAGAUCCGUGCGCUAACUGAAAUCCGGCACCGGAAUAUAAUCAAACUCUAUGGUUACUGUAGAACUAUUGGCAAUAAGUACUUGGUUUAUGAAUAUAUAGAAAAGGGUAGUUUGGGAAAAAUGCUGUAUAAUGCAGAGGCAAAAUCAGUAUUAGAUUGGAUUUCCCGGGUUAGUAUCGUCCAAGGGAUUGCUCAUGCCUUGGCUUACUUGCAUCAUGAUUGCCAUCCCCCGGUUGUGCAUCGAGACGUCUCGUUAAGUAAUAUUUUACUUGAGUCAGAUACGAUUCCCAAGUUGUCGGAUUUUGGGACCUCCAAAUUUUUGAACAUGGACUCGAGUAACUGGACUGAAGUUGUGGGGUCCUAUGGUUAUAUGGCACCAGAACUUGCACUGACAAUGAGGGUAACCAAGAAAAGUGAUGUUUAUAGCUUUGGGGUCAUAACAUUUGAGAUUAUGAUGGGGAGACAUCCAGGAGAGCUAUUACUUUCUCUACAAUCACAAAGCAUGACCUCUGCCUCUUCGGAUGAUCUAGCUCUAUGGUCGAACAAUAUCCUUGACCAGAGACUUUCACCCCCAUCUGACUUAGUCAUCGAACAAGUGGUUCGCGUGCUUAAUAUUGCUCUAGCUUGCACCCAAGUAGCACCAGAGACAAGACCUUCGAUGCGCACGGUUGCUCAAGAACUAUCGACUAGUAGUCGGCGCAAUAUACCCGAGGCUUUGGACCAGGCCAAAUUAUCAAGUCCCACGAAGUGAAUGUAUGAUCAUAAUUUUAUAUCCUUGUAUAAUAGUGUUCUUUAGUUUCAAGUCAUGCUUCUAUUUCAAUAAUUUUAAAAUCCCUUGAAAUUAAUCUCAAGAAUGUUCACUCAUUGGAAAAUAAACUUUGUAUAGACUAAGCUUUGCAAUCACUUUUUAAAGUAGUGAAUAUUUUUUUACAAUGAUA